UUCUCGCAGUUAGAAUUCCGCUGAGUGAGGAUAUAAGGCCACGCGCUGCAUUGCCGAAACAUAUUUGUGAAUAUAUAUGUAUACAUAUGUACGACCAAUGAGUGCCAUUAAAUUAUUAUUGGACAGUAUGUUAAUAGCGCAGAAUUUUAUUGUAAGAUCACUUAGAGACAUUUUUGGUUAGCAAAUAUGUCGGAAAACAACUGUGACUUUCGAAAGUAAAGAUUUUAGCUAACUCUUUUGAAAUUUAAACUCAUUUUUUUGAAAUAAAGGACGGUAUUCCAUAGUCCGUUCUUAUAUUUAAGACUGUCUUAAGCACAAAGUCUUUUAAGAUGCCUUUCUCUUCUUAAGCAUGUCUACAAAACUAGUCAGAUUCAUAAUUCAAAUCUUGAUGGCCUUAUUUGAAUCAAAUAAGAUCGUGUUUAUUAGAAAGUAAGUUUAUUUUCAAGUCAGUCCGUACAUGACUUUAAGAUAAGCUUAUUAAGGUAACAUUUCAUGAGCAGUGAAAAGCAGCAGUUUAGUAACUAACUAGUAUUGUUUGGUGAAUUCACAGAAUUGCUGCGCUGCCCAUGAAAUAGGUUUCCUGUGCAGUGUUUUAAAUCGUUAGCACUAUGUCGUAUAAUCAAAAAUUAUAUCAGUGGCAAACAGAGUGUAUACUUAAAAUUAAUGAGUAUAAUGCAAAAAUAAAUCAAAAACAAGCUGUAAUAGCGGCAGCUGUAGUAGCGACAGCUUACACAAGUAUUUAAAAAAAAUACAAAAAGAAACGAUAUUGGAUGGCUGAGAUUUAUAAGCAACGACGACGCAUAGGAUUUUAUUACUUGGUAUUCCCAAUGUUGAAAUUAGAUGAUCUCCGAUUUAAGAAUUAUUUUCGGAUGAACUGUACUCAAUUUGAAGAGUUACUUGCAUUAAUUGCGCCAAGAAUACACCGACAAUAUGCCAUUCGAGAACCCAUUGAAACGGAACAACGUUUCAUAAUAUGUUUAAGAUACUUAGCUAGUGGUGACAGUAUGGCAUCCAUGUCACACCAGUACUCGGUUAGCCAAACAGUAGUUUCUCAAAUUAUUCGUGAAACAUGUGAAGUUAUAUGGGAUGCAUUGUACCCUCUUGUACUUCCAUUACACACACAUAAAGAAUGGAGGGAGAUUGCAAAUGAAAUGAAUAUUAAAUGGCAAUUUCCACAUUGUAUUGGGGCAAUGGAUGGCAAACAUGUUAUUAUACAGAGUCCUCAACACAGUGGCUCUGCUUAUUACAACUAUAAAAAAUCCUUCAGUAUUGUAUUACUAGCAAUCUGUGAUGCGAACUAUGUUUUCACAUAUGUUGACAUUGGUGCCUAUGGUAGACAGAGCGACGGUGGUGUUUUUAAAAAUUCGUUAAUGGGACAAAAAUUUGCACAGGGACAAAUGAAUGUUCCACCUGCCGAAGAAAUUUAUGAAGGAAGUUCCAAGUACCCUUAUGCAUUAGUUGCAGACGAAGCAUUUCCACUGAGUCCAUACUUGAUGCGUCCUUUUUCUGGAAGAGAUCGUUUGUCAACAGAACAGAAGAUUUUCAAUUACCGACUCAGUCGAGCAAGAAGAACAAUAGAAAAUGUUUUUGGGAUUCUUGCUGCUCAAUGGCGAAUAUAUAGAAAACCUAUUAUAGGAAAAGUUGAGACUAUUGAAAACAUAGUGAAAGCAACAAUAACUUUACACAAUUGGCUACGCAAAAAAGAUAUAUCAAAUAGAGAGCAGUCAUUUAUAUCUGCUGGUAUGAUUGACGAAGAAGCAAAUGAUGGCUCCAUUAUUGAAGGCAACUAGAGAAAAAUUGUGCAACUAGACAACAGUGUCCUGCAACCAUUGUCUUCUUGCUUAACACACACAUACACAAGAACGUCUGCUGAAAUCCGACAAAAAUUUAUGAAUUAUUUUAAUGAAGAAGGCGAUAUUCCAUGGCAGUUUGUACACGUUUUUAAAUAAAUAAAUGUUAAAUUUAUCAGUCUUACAA